AUGAGCAGGAGCCCCUGCCUCGCACCUCCUGCGGGCCUCCUCACCUGCAAGCAGCCGGAGCAGCAGCUCCCCGUCGCCGGAGGAACCUCGCCUCUGCCUUUUCUUCCUUUCCUCCGCCGGACCAGCAGCGCCGCCCCGGCGCACCAUGACGCCGAGCGCCAGCAGGAACCGAGCGCCCCGAGCCCAGUCCCCGUGCUGCCUCUACAGCCGCCGCCGACCUCCUUCGCCUCGUCCGCGGCGCCCGAGCACCGCCUGGAGCCGCGACUCCCAUCGGACCUCCUCACUGCCCGAGGCUGCUGCCUCCCCGUCGUCUUCCUCUGCAGUCCGGCCGCCACCUCGCCGGAGUACGUCGUCCGCGUCGCCGCCUCGCUUCAUCUCCGCCACGAUCUGGUGCCAUCGACCACCCCCGCGCCUCUGCCGCCCCGCCAUGUUCCUGGAGCCACGGCGCCCGCUCGUCCUCUGCUUCGGGCGACAGGGAGAUGCGCCUCCCCUGCCUCGCGCGUUGACCGAGCGCAGUGUCAGCGUGGCCAGCCUCCCAAGGCCCAAGCCAGCCGGCCUGCUGCCUCCAAGUUCCAGCGCUCCCUGCCCGGCCUCCUCCUCACCGACUGGGCUUAG